GGCUCCUGUCCCAGCCUUCCUGGGCGGGGCCCCCCGGCCCCAUAGAGCCGGCCCUGCUCGGGGGCGCUGCCCUCUGGCUGCAGAUCGGUGCUCGCCGCUCCCUGGACUCCCUCGCCCCGCAGCAUGGACCCGGCUCGCCGCCUGCUGCCCCUCGGGCUCUGCAUCGCCCUGUGCCUGUGGGCCACAGUGGCCCAGAAUAACGGCGUACAAGGUACCACUGAGGACUGUAACAACCAUGUGCUAUGCCCAGCAAACGCCACGUGUGUGAACAACACCCACUGCACCUGCCUGGAUGGAUACCAGUCACAUGGGAAUCGCCUCUUCAAUGACACAACGGAGAUCUGUGACGAUAUUAACGAGUGUCUGGGGCCGAGCCCGCCAGACUGCGGACGCAACGCAUACUGCGCCAACGUGGCUGGGAGUUACUACUGCACCUGCAUCGAUGGCUACGAGCCCAGCCCUGGGAAAGCCAAAUUCAUGAACGCGAGUGAGAACACCUGCCAGGAUAUUGACGAGUGUCAGGGCCCGAGCCCGGCAGACUGUGGACCCCACGCAAACUGCACCAAUGUGCCUGGGAAUUACUCCUGCACCUGCAUCGAUGGCUACGAGCCCAGCUCUGGGAAAGCCAACUUCACUCACACAAGUGGGGACACCUGCCAGGGUGAGCUCUCCCCUGACCCCCACCUGCUGACACCCCCACCCCUCAUGCCCAUUCUCAGCAAGGGGCCGCACCUGGGCUGCUGCCGGCUUUGGCAGUGGCCCGAGGCCUCAGUGAGGCUGUGAUGAGACAUGACCCUCGCCCAGGGCCUCUCAGAGGUCCAGAGAGGCACAAGCCACUUCCAGCUUUUGAGGCCCCUACGCAUAAUAAACAUACAAAAUGAAGACACAUGAAAGCAAAAUAAGACACCAAAAAAAGAGUGAGACAUAAUUGGAAUAUUUUUGAAAUUAACAAAUGCUUUUCUAGCCUUUUUCUGUGCAAAUGUAAUAAUUAUUGAGGAAAGGUCUAACUUUCGUGCAAUGUCACAGUUGAUAUUAAGAUUGGGGAGCCCGUUCAAACGCUCCUGUCCCAUAGUUGAACGGUGAUAGUCCUUUACCUGCUUCAACACGUUGAAGGUGCAUUC